AGGUUUUUUUUUUUCUUUUUUCUCAAGUGUUAGAUUCAAAUACUUCAAUAGCUUGCCCUCCAUGCAUAUCUUCUGCAGAAAAGUUGUGUGGUCCUAUUUUCGAUUCUAGUGGAUGUUUUAAUGGAGAUAUAUAGAUUGGUCCCAACCCUAUAAGGUAGUUGUUAAUGUCUGAAGUAACUAUCAAACACAUCAAAUUGGCAAUUCCCCUCAAGACUAUAGACCACAAGUUUUAUCAAGCACCAAUCAAAGGACUUAUCUCGGUAGAUUUUCCUUUUGUCUUUUAAUCUUUUCUGAUAACAUUGACUAUCAAUUAAGUACUCCCAUUUCUACAUAUCCUAUUUGAUUUAAAGAUAGCUUAGACAUCAGUUUUACUAAUAUCUUCAUCAUUAACUUUGUGAUAGCGACGCGAAGACUUCGCUGAUUUGUGAAGCAUGGCCAACAGGCAAAAGAGUUUUAUUAUUAGACUAACAAAGUCAGUUCAUUUACAUGUACUAUUGACACAUUUUACCCUGAAUUGAAAGAGGUGGGCAGUGGGAACAAUGCAAUAAAAUCUAACAAAAACUGUGUUAUAGAAGAAAAAAAAAAAGGCUUUGGAGCUUUCUGCAGCUUCCAAUUUUUGCUCACAUGAACAUCUUCCUUAAUACUAGGCGUGCAUUGAUCUACCCCAUGUGAUAGGUAUUCAGUCACAAGGCCUUUUGUAGUUGUCGAUAAAGCAUGCCUCAUCACUUUUUAAAUGUGCAGCAUGGUCCCCCAUAUAGUUACAUUAUAGACUUUGUUUUGGUGCAGCUAUGACAGAUUAUCAUUAACUUAUUCAAAAACCAUGUGUUCUUCCAUAGUCACAACUUGAUGAUUACUUGCUAUAUUUUUGUUCCUACGGCAGAUGGGAGAUUAUUAAGCCCCUAAUGAUGCAAUGAUUGCUUAAUAUGCUUGAAGGGGGAGGAAAUGAUAAGAUAUCGACUAGCACAUUUAUUCAACAGAUGGCGAAAUGUGCCACGUGGCGGCCCUCCUGCCAUUGCUUUUUUCUUUUUUUCAAUUCUUCCAUGGACCAUGGUAGGUUCAGUUCCAGCAUCUUUCUUUUCUCAAAUGGAUGAACUUCAUUAAUAAGUUUUAUUCACUUACAAGUAAAAGCAAAAAAAGUUUUAUCUUUCAAUAUAUAUGCAGGUUGGCUGAGUCCAGCAACAAAGUGACAAGAUAGUUGUCCGGAACUACGGAAGCUUUUGGCAAGUGAACUCUGACUGAGAUUCAAGUGAUCUGCAGCUGAAAGGAUUAAUUCAACUGGCCUUUUCAGCUGCUUAGGCUUCAAUAAUGAGAGACAUAAGAUGAUUGCAAGUUCAAAGGAAGUAGAUUCUCCCACUCUACAAGAAGGCAACACAAAUGAUACCAAGGUCAGUCAAGGUCCAUCUAGUUCUUCACCAUGGUUGAGAUUGAAGGAUCCGCGAAUCGUACGUGUUUCGCGUGCCUUUGGAGGAAAAGACAGGCAUAGUAAAGUUUGUACCAUAAGAGGAUUGAGAGACAGAAGGGUGAGGCUUUCAGUUCCUACUGCUAUUCAAUUGUAUGAUCUUCAAGAUAGGCUUGGACUUAAUCAGCCUAGCAAGGUUGUUGAUUGGUUGCUUAAUGCAGCUAAACAUGAAAUUGAUGAACUCCCUCCACUCCCACUACCACCACCAGGGAACUUUGCCCUUAACCAUCAUAUGGUUCUAAGUACUUCUCAAGAAGCUGGUGCUUCCCAAUCCAACAAGGAAGGGCUUAAAACCAUUAGUAGUGUUAAUUGGGAAGAUCCUGCUGAAGGGUUAUCAACAUCAAGCUUUUGGAGUUCUGAUGCAUUUUGGAGGUCUAAAUCCAAAGAAGUUUCAAGGGAAACAACCAAUGAGAAAGACAACUGGAACAAAAGUAAUGAAGAGGAAAAACAAGAAGGCAGUGAAGGUCAUCAUGGAGCUCAAGUUAAUUCAUCUGAUAAUAUCUUACAGAGAGCCAAUCAUUCUUCCUUUCCAGGAUUGUUAAACAAUUCGGUGCCAUAUGGUUCUUACUAUCAUUUCGAACCAUCCAAUAAUUUUCCUUUAUCACAUUUAGGAAGCCAUGGAUUUGCAUCCCACACAGAAGAACUACAUAAUUUCAAUGUUGUGCCAUUGCCAUCCACAUUAUCUCUAUCACCUGGUUCUCAAAUAUUGGUUUGUCCACCAGGAGCAACACAGCCUUUAUUUCCUCCUCAUGCUACAGCUUCUCUAGAGAUUGAUCCUAGACAGCAAGUUAAUCAUUUUCAGAUGCUGAGCUCGGGUGCACAAAAUCUCUUGCCUAAUUCUCUUAACCCUCCAGCCUACUUAAGCCAAUCUAUCAGACCCAGCUUCCAUUUGAGUAUGACUCCUAGGCUUCCCCAUUCUCACAACAACAGUGGAAGUCAGCCAGAAAAGGAACAGGAGUUUCCUUCUAAAUGACAAGAAAGCAAUGUAAUGAGGAAUGAAUUGUGGAUUUCCCUUCGGAAUAACGUGCACGGUGCAUGACUCAAACUAUUUUUCCUGAUCUGGAGAGGGAAAAAGGUACUGUUUGAAUCUAUUUACAUAUACUUUUAAGGCAUUCUACUUCCUGGAAGUGAGAAGCAGACAAUUAAGAAAUAGUUAAGGGGAUAACAAUUAAAGGUUUUGUGUUUGAUUUCAUACUUUUGUUUCAUUUGAAUGCCAUGCAAAAAUAAUUGAAAUAUAUUUGAUGCUGCAUGAAUAGUUACUAGUGAGAUAUGAUCACAACACUGGAAAGUGUUCAUAGUUCUUAGUUUUUUUUCAGCAGAAUGAUCAUAUUGCACUAUAUUUCUAGAGCUAUGUCAAUGGAUGGAAAUGCUCUAAAAGUAUGUUGCAUUGGUUCUGAAAUUCGAUUAUGUGCAUAACUUGUGACAAACAUAACAAUCUUUCAAUGAUAGAGAGAGAGUGCUA